GGUAUGCAACCUGCUUGGAUUUAUAUUGAUAGUAUGUACUAUAUUGUCGAAUAAUAUGUAAUGGAAUAUUUAAGAAAAUGAUGAAUCUAUAAUUAAUAGUGAACAACAGGGUAUUCAGCAGACAAGUGGGAACCGUAAGAACCAGGUAACAAGUGGGACUACAACCAAUGGAUGAACUUGACUCGUUGUCAGUUCACGGUCGAUCAUCUGAAGAUGACCUACGCCACGCUAUCAACCUAGGAUUCAUCCUACUUAUUUUAACACUCACGUUGAAGCAACAAUCGGCUGAAGAAAUAUGGCAACAAGACUUAUCUAUGGACAUGCAAAUAGAAGCAUCCACAGAUGGAUUCGAUGGAGUGAAUUUGCGUUGCGGGGCUGAAAAAAUGGUGGUGGAUCUGAAAACCUCUAACGAUUUUUCUGGAGUGAUAUACACACAGGGCAGUUUUUACUCUAGACAGUCCCCAUGCUUCCUAGAUUCAAAUCACGGUGGUAAUUUCACUAUAAACAUUCCAUUUGACCAGUGCAACACACAAAAUGACAAUAGCAAAUACAAAAACAUUCUGGUAUUACAAAACGACGACGAUCUAAUAACUCCGGGCGAUGCAGCCUUCAUUUUGGAGUGUGAUUUUUCGAAAUCCUCGAAUUUCACUGUAUCAACUGAACUAGGAGCAUCAGAAAGAAGAGGAGUGAGAUCGAGCAUAUCUCUCGUGGAUCCUGACCCAGGCAGAGACAUAACGAAGAUGGCUGCUCAUGUGGAAAGCAACACUGAUCAUGUCAGCUAUAUACCUAAUUCAAUUCCCAAGAUCAACGACGAAUUAUGACUAUAAAGUGUCUCAGCCUGAAUAAACGAUAGCAACAUCUUUAUGUCCGUUUAAAGUCUUGCAUACCCUAACCCAAUAUAAGGUUCCAGAAAUAUCCUCCAGCAAGAAGCUAGUGCUACUGAUAGAUCUAAAGGGCUAGCGAUUUCUAGUGUAUAUUGUACAUGAGGAAACGUGUACCUGUCUACGCUACAACCAUUACGCAAUCGCGAUGACACUACUCCCAUUCGCAAUACACUUGUAUACAACAAGGUUAUCAAAAUAUCGGAUCGCGUAUCG